CCUCCUCCCUGUCUCUCCCUCUUUCGAUGUGCGCCCUCCUGAUUGGGGCCGACCCAAGGGAAUACGGCCACACAAGUGGACCAAACAAACUCGCUGCCAGCCCGCAGGAGGCCCAGGAUACAGAGCGCGUCCCCAACAAAACCCUAGAAAAACCAUCUGCGAGCCAAAAGCUGCCGGGCCACACCUUCAGGCGACGAUCCAAUCAAGAUGCAGUACUUGAGAUGACGGACGUCUUCUUCACCCAAUCACAUAUUCGGCCUCCUGGGCGUGCCCCAGAGUACCCACCUCCAUUGUCCCGGCUGAGGGCUCGGCCCUAAUUGGCAGUUUGGUAUCCUACGAAAGCCUAGAAAUUCGAACCUAGGGGCUGAACCCCGCCCUCAGACCAACCAGGAAGAGGUGACGUGAUUGGUCCCGCCCCCGUACUUCUUUGAGCGAGUCCCCAGCUGGGGGGGCGGGGGAAAAAUGAAGAGGAAGACUAAUGGGAAGACGGCGCGGGGAGCUUCUGCCCGGUGAUUGGUCAAAUGAGGUGGCGGUGGAAAUCGCAAAGGCAAAAGCAAGAAAUGGCGGCAGAUGCUCCAGUUCCCUCACAUCAGCCAGUGCGAAGAGCUGCGGCUCAGCCUCGAGCGUGACUAUCACAGCCUGUGCGAGCGGCAGCCUAUUGGGCGCCUGCUGUUCCGAGAGUUCUGUGCCACGAGGCCGGAGCUGAGCCGCUGCGUCGCCUUCCUGGAUGGGGUGGCCGAGUAUGAAGUGACCCCGGAUGAGAGGCGGAAGGCAUGUGGGCGGCAGCUAACGCAGAAUUUUCUGAGCCACACGGGUCCUGACCUCAUCCCUGAGGUCCCCCGGCAGCUGGUGACGAACUGCACCCAGCGGCUGGAGCAGGGUCCCUGCAAAGACCUUUUCCAGGAACUCACCCGGCUGACCCACGAGUACCUGAGCGUGGCCCCUUUUGCCGACUACCUCGACAGCAUCUACUUCAACCGUUUCCUGCAGUGGAAGUGGCUGGAAAGGCAGCCAGUGACCAAAAACACCUUCAGGCAAUACCGAGUCCUGGGCAAAGGUGGCUUUGGGGAGGUGUGCGCCUGCCAGGUGCGGGCCACAGGUAAGAUGUAUGCCUGCAAGAAGCUAGAGAAGAAGCGGAUCAAGAAGCGGAAAGGGGAGGCCAUGGCGCUGAACGAGAAGCAGAUCCUGGAGAAAGUGAACAGUAGGUUUGUAGUGAGCUUGGCCUACGCCUAUGAGACCAAGGACGCGCUGUGCCUGGUGCUGACACUGAUGAACGGGGGCGACCUCAAGUUCCACAUCUACCACAUGGGCCAGGCUGGCUUCCCUGAAGCGCGGGCCGUCUUCUACGCCGCCGAGAUCUGCUGCGGCCUGGAGGACCUGCACCGGGAGCGCAUCGUGUACAGGGACCUGAAGCCAGAGAACAUCUUGCUGGAUGACCACGGCCACAUCCGCAUCUCUGACCUGGGACUAGCUGUGCAUGUGCCCGAGGGCCAGACCAUCAAAGGGCGUGUGGGCACCGUGGGUUACAUGGCUCCGGAGGUGGUGAAGAACGAACGGUACACGUUCAGCCCUGACUGGUGGGCGCUCGGCUGCCUCCUGUACGAGAUGAUCGCAGGCCAGUCGCCCUUCCAGCAGAGGAAGAAGAAGAUCAAGCGGGAGGAGGUGGAGCGGCUGGUGAAGGAGGUCCCUGAGGAGUAUUCCGAGCGCUUUUCCCCGCAGGCCCGCUCACUUUGCUCACAGCUCCUCUGCAAGGACCCUGCCGAACGCCUGGGGUGUCGUGGGGGCAGUGCCCGCGAGGUGAAGGAGCACCCCCUCUUUAAGAAGCUGAACUUCAAGCGGCUGGGAGCUGGCAUGCUGGAGCCACCCUUCAAGCCUGACCCCCAGGCCAUUUACUGCAAGGAUGUUCUGGACAUUGAACAGUUCUCUACGGUCAAGGGCGUGGAGCUGGAGCCUACCGACCAGGACUUCUACCAGAAGUUUGCCACAGGCAGUGUGCCCAUCCCCUGGCAGAACGAGAUGGUGGAGACCGAGUGCUUCCAGGAGCUGAAUGUCUUUGGGCUGGAUGGCUCAGUUCCCCCAGACCUGGACUGGAAGGGCCAGCCACCUGCACCUCCUAAAAAGGGACUGCUGCAGAGACUCUUCAGUCGCCAAGAUUGCUGUGGAAACUGCAGCGACAGCGAGGAAGAGCUCCCCACCCGCCUCUAGCCCCCAGCCCGAGGCCCCCACCAGCAGUUGGCGGUAGCAGCUACUCCGAGCACCGUUUACAGUUUUGCACAGUGAUCUUCCCCAUUGUCCACUCAAGUCGUGGCCUGGGGAACACAGACGGAGCUGUCCCCAGUGUCCUCCGUCCCUCAGCCCCUGGCCUGGCUGAGUUUGGCAGGGCCUGGGCCAUCCCUGGGACAAAGGUGCGUCCCUUCAGCUCUUCUCCGUGGAGCUCGGGGCUUUCUGUAUUUAUGUAUUUGUACGAAUGUAUAUAGCGACCAGAGCAUUCUUAAUUCCCGCCGCAGACCUGGCGCCCCCGCCUUGGCUCCGGGGGGCAGCCAGCCCUGGCUGGGAGAGCGGGAGCUGGCAGAGGAGCCACUGCCAAACUCAAGGCUCCUCUGGCCCAGCUUGGAUGGCUGAGGGUGGUCACACCCCUGAGCCUUCAGCACUGUGCUGGCCACCCCCGGCCUCUGAGUAAGACUUGUGCCUCCCCCUGCUGCCCUGGGCUCAGGCUGCUACCCUCUGGGGCCCAAAGCUGUCCCUUCUCAGUGCUUGUCACCGCUGGGUCUGGGGCCUCUGUAUGCCCUAGGCCUGUGCCAAAGUGGCCAGAGAUUGGGCUGCCUGUGAUACCCAUCAACCCACUGCCCCGGCCGGCCCAGAUAGGUCUGCCUCUGCCUUCCAGCUCCCACAGCCUGGUCCCUGAUACUGGGCUCUGUCCUGAAGACACCUCUUUCAGAAACGCCCAAGCCCAGCCCCUAGGAGGGGGUGGGGCAUCCCUGGUCAACCCUCAAACAUUCCGGACUCCCCUCAUAACAAUAGACACAUGUGCCCAGCAAUAAUCCACCCUUCCUGUGUGCGCCUGUGGGGUGCGUGCACGCGCGUGUACCUGUGUGGGUGAAGGGGAUAGGGCGAGGCUGUGCCUGUGCCCCAGGCCCCAGCCCUGGCCCUUCCCCAGACUGUGAUGGCCAUCCUGGUCCCAGUGUUAGGGUAGCAUGGGAUUACAGGGCCCUGUUUUUUCCAUAUUUAAAGCCAAUUUUUAUUACUCGUUUUGUCCAAUGUAAGCUGCCACGUGUCUCUGUGUGAAUACAGUCCGAGCACAAACCUG